AUGGUGUUCAACCAGAUUUUGACUGGGGCAUUCGCCUUGUUGGCUCUUGUUCCAGCUGCUCUUGCCUUGGAUCCGAGCUUGAAGACCAAUGUUGCAGUCUACUACGGUCAAGGUGCCAACCAACCUCGUCUCAGUUAUUUCUGUGAGCAGACCUCGAUGGAUAUCAUCAAUUUGGGAUUUGUCAACACAUUCCCAGAGGCCGUUCUAGGUUGGCCUGGGGACAACUUUGGCAAUCAGUGUGACGGCGUGCUCUACCCAGACUCGGAACUGCUUUCGGGAUGUCACCAGAUCUGGGAGGAUAUUCCCGUCUGCAAAGCCAUGGGCAAGACGAUCAUGCUCUCUAUUGGUGGCGCCUAUACCACUAACGAGAUCAUUCUCACGGAUGAGAUUGCGACCUGGUUUGCAAACUUCCUGUGGUACUCGUUUGGUCCUUAUCAACUCGGCGAGACACUCUUCCCUCGACCAUUCGGGAACGUCUCGGUUGAUGGAUUUGAUUUUGAUAUUGAACACAAUGGUGGAGCCGGAUAUGCCACCAUGAUUAAUCAACUUCGUGAGCUCUUUGAUACAUAUCCCGACCAGAAGUUCUACAUCUCGGGUGCACCACAGUGUUCGAUACCAGAUGCGCAACUCGGCGAUGCUAUCGCCAAUGCGGCUUUCGACUUUCUCUGGGUCCAGUUCUACAACACUCCAACUUGUUCGGCCGCUAAUUAUGUCAAUGGAACUGGUAAUUUCAACUUUGCCGAGUGGGUGGACGUGAUCAGGAAUAGCAGCAACCCCGAAACCAAGCUGUUUGUCGGUCUUCCAGCCUCUGAAGAUGCCGCCAACCCAGGAUACUACAUCACUCCCGAUGAGGCGAAGACUCUGGUGGAAGAAUAUAUGGGUCUAUAUCCUGAGCAUUUUGGAGGAAUCAUGCUGUGGGAAGCCACUGCGUCGGAAAAUAAUACUAUCGACGGCUUCACCUACGCUCAGCAUAUGAAGCAUAUCCUCGGGGAGUGUGCUCCUCCACCGCCGCCGCCUGUCCAUACCGCUACCCCAAUUUCUUCGUCUUCUUUGUGUCUCGCCUUCCAGCCCGGCAUCGCCAUCCAGCCCGGCAUCGCCAUCCAGCCCGGCAUCGCCUUCCAGCCCGGCAUCGCCAUCCAGCCCGGCAUCGCCUUCCAGCCCGGCAUCGCCUUCCAGCCCGGCAUCGACUUCCAGCCCGGCAUCGACUUCCAGCCCGGCAUCGACUUCCAGCCCGGCAUCGACUUCCAGCCCGGCAUCGCCUUCAAGUCUUUCGGGCUCUUCCGAAUCUUCUGGCUCCCGCUCGAAGACAUCAGUUCCGAAUUACCCAUCGAGCUCAGUUCCCGUGUCCGGAACCACUACUUCGAACAAUGGCGGUGGAGGUCCGACUGGUGGUUCACACCGACUCUAUCAACUUCAGAGCCCGUGACCAUCACGACAGUGUUUGUCACCUCAUACACCGACAUCUGCCCUACGGGUUUCACCACCGUAUGGACGACAAUCACCACAACAUACUGCCCCGGAAAUGGACCUGCUCCUGCUACUGCUACCGAGACUGCCAGCGUGACCCAGCCUGGUUCGGGCCAGACGACUACUACUGCUUCAAUUCCUGAAGGAUGGACCACCACUGUCACCGUCUGCACGCACUGUGCUCCGACGCCGACAACAGUGACUCUCACUCUACCCUGCACGACGACGACUACACAAACGCCGCCGGAGACUGCCUCUACCUCUGUUCCCGAAGAUUAUACUACGACCGUGACGUUUUGCAAACACUGCGGCCCUACUGGCUCAACGGUCACCAUCACCGAGCCAUAUAGUCUCACAAGUGCUCAGCUUACCGGUGUGCCCCAGAUUACCCCCAGCAGCCAGUAUUCAACUUCCAGGCCCUUCAUCAGCACUGAAUCUGGUAACUUGCGUCCAAGCAGCUCUCCAAUGGUCGUUUCUCAUCCCUGGAGCACCGCGUCUCGCAGUGCAGCGGCUCCUUCUACGACUCCGGAAGGAACGUCUCCCGUUUACAUCGGCGCUGCUUCUCGCGCAGGAGUGGUGACUUCGUUUGGGGGCAUCUUCGCUGUCUUUUUAUCUCUUUUUAUGUUGUGA